AUGUCUCUUCCAGAGGGUGUCACCCCCGGCGUCCGUGACGUCGAGGGAGAGGUUUACUGCGUGGAACCAACCAGAGGUGUCACCCCCGGCGUCCGUGACGUCGAGGGAGAGGUUUACUGCGUGGCACCAACCACAGGUGUCACCCCCGGCGUCCGUGACGUCGAGGGAGAGGUUUACUGCGUGGCACCAACCACAGGUGUCACCCCCGGCGUCCGUGACGUCGAGGGAGAGGUUUACUGCGUGGCACCGACCACAGGUGUCACCCCCGGCGUCCGUGACGUCGAGGGAGAGGUUUACUGCGUGGCACCGACCACAGGUGUCACCCCCGGCGUCCGUGACGUCGAGGGAGAGGUUUACUGCGUGGCCCCGACCACAGGUGUCACCCCCGGCGUCCGUGACGUCGAGGGAGAGGUUUACUGCGUGGCCCCGACCACAGGUGUCACCCCCGGCGUCCGUGACGUCGAGGGAGAGGUUUACUGCGUGGCACCGACCACAGGUGUCACCCCCGGCGUCCGUGACGUCGAGGCUUACCUGUCUUCAUUACUCCCAACACUGGACUCUAAUGAUACCGAGAGGACCCUUCAAGAAGCACAGACGCACCACUCCCUGCUUCAAGAAGCACAGACGCACCACUCCCUGCUUCAAGAAGCACAGACGCACCACUCCCUGCUUCAAGAAGCACAGACGCACCACUCCCUGCUUCAAGAAGCACAGACGCACCACUCCCUGCUUCAAGAAGCACAGACGCACCACUCCCUGCUUCAAGAAGCACAGACGCACCACUCCCUGCUUCAAGAAGCACAGACGCACCACUCCCUGCUUCAAGAAGCACAGACGCACCACUCCCUGCUUCAAGAAGCACAGACGCACCACUCCCUGCUUCAAGAAGCACAGACGCACCACUCCCUGCUUCAAGAAGCACGGACACACCACUCCCUGCUUCAAGAAGCACGGACGCACCACUCCCUGCCUCAAGAAGCACGGACGCACCACUCCCUGCUUCAAGAAGCACGGACGCACCACUCGAUGCUUCAAGAAGCACGGACGCACCACUCCCUGCCUCAAGAAGCACGGACGCACCACUCCCUGCUUCAAGAAGCACGGACGCACCACUCGAUGCUUCAAGAAGCACGGACGCACCACUCCCUGCCUCAAGAAGCACGGACGCACCACUCCCUGCUUCAAGAAGCACGGACGCACCACUCGAUGCUUCAAGAAGCACGGACGCACCACUCCCUGCUUCAAGAAGCACGGACGCACCACUCCCUGCUUCAAGAAGCACGGACGCACCACUCCCUGCUUCAAGAAGCACGGACGCACCACUCCCUGCUUCAAGAAGCACGGACGCACCACUCCCUGCUUCAAGAAGCACAGACGCACCACUCCCUGCUUCAACGGGAUAAAUGCUCUGACCUUGACUCCGACAAGUGGAGUUCCGCAAGACUCCUGACUAAGUUCUGUGUUAUUUAA